CGCAGCAACACACUCUUGCGUGCUCUUGUUGUGAUACAUUGAAAAGUGUGGAAAACCUCGGCGCUCAAAGAAUAAUCGAGUUAAUUACUGAUUGAUCGAUAAUUUUUGGUACCAUUAUGUCGUUCCGAGACCCAAGAGGGAGGGACGGCAGAAACCGCUGGGGCGGCGGCGGCGACGACGGAAUGCGCGGCAGCCUGAAGGGGCGUCAGCCUGGCGAGCGGCUGCGCAAGCCCAAGUGGGACAUGUCGAGGCUGCCCGCCUUCCAGAAGGACUUCUACAAGGAGCACCCCACCACGUCGCAUCGGUCCAUGAUGGAAGUGGAGGCGUUUCGUAAGCAGCACGACGUCACCAUCCGCGGCAAGGACGUUCCCAACCCUAUCCUGAGCUUCGAAGAAGCCAACCUGCCGGACUUCUGCAUGUCUGCGAUCCGGCAGGCCCAGUACACUGUUCCCACCCCCAUCCAAGCCCAGGGUUGGCCGAUUGCCCUCAGCGGACGGGACAUGGUCGGCAUUGCGCAGACGGGCUCCGGCAAGACACUUGCCUACAUUCUUCCAGCGAUCCUUCACAUCAGCCACCAGCCUUACCUUGAGAGAGGAGAUGGCCCCAUUGCGCUGGUGGUGGCCCCCACCCGCGAGCUGGCCCAGCAGAUCCAGCAGGUGGCCGCAGAGUUUGGGAGGGCCUCCCGCAUCCGCAACACUUGCGUCUUCGGGGGAGCCCCCAAGGGGCCCCAGAUACGGGACCUGGAGAGAGGGGUGGAGAUCUGCAUUGCCACGCCAGGACGCCUGAUCGACUUCCUGGAAGCGGGCAAGACCAACCUGCGCCGCUGCACCUACCUGGUGUUGGACGAGGCAGACCGGAUGCUUGACAUGGGCUUCGAACCGCAGAUCCGCAAGAUUGUCGAGCAGAUACGGCCUGACCGUCAGACGCUGAUGUGGAGCGCCACGUGGCCCAAGGAGGUGCGCUCCCUGGCGGAGGACUUCCUCAAGGAGUACGUGCAGAUCAACAUCGGGGCCCUGCAGCUGUGCGCCAACCACCGCAUCCUGCAAAUCAUCGACGUCUGCCAGGAGUCGGAGAAGGACACCAAGCUCCUCAAGCUUCUUCAGGAGAUCAUGAACGAGCGCGAAAACAAGACGAUCAUCUUCGCCGAGACCAAGCGUAAAGUGGACGAGCUGACGCGCCGCAUGCGUCGCGACGGAUGGCCGGCCAUGUGCAUUCACGGCGACAAGUCCCAGCCCGAACGUGACUGGGUGCUCACUGAAUUCCGGAGCGGGAAAUCGCCGAUCCUCGUCGCCACGGAUGUCGCGGCCCGCGGGCUGGACGUGGACGACAUCAAGUUUGUGAUCAACUACGACUACCCCAACUGCUCGGAGGACUAUGUGCACCGCAUUGGGCGCACGGCCAGGUCGAACAAGACGGGCACGGCGUACACCUUCUUCACGCCCCACAACUCGAAGCAGGCCAACGAGCUCAUCUCAGUGCUCAAGGAGGCCAACCAGGUGGUCAACCCCAAGCUGUACGAGAUGCACGAAAUGUCCCGGGGCUACGGAGGACGCGGGGGCCGCAACCGCUGGCGCACGCCCGGCGGCGGAGGAGGCCGGGGCGGCCGGGGAGACGACUCCUACGACGACCGGCGGCGCAACGACCGCUACAACGAUAGCAACUCGACAAACGCCUACGGGGACUACAUGAACCAGAGCUCGGGAGAACUGCCCAACAGCAACUACGGAUACGGCAUCUCAACCACCUCGCAGGUGUCGUCGACAACACCGUCCACGCCCGCGGUUGCCAUGACGGCCAUGUCGAUGGGCGGCAUGGGAGGGAGCAUGCCCAUGACACACAUGGCCCCCAUGGGACACAUGGCAGCUGCCUCGAUGGCUCACAUGAUGCCCAUGAUGCAGAUGCCCAACGGGCAGCAGUACAUGAUGGCUGCCAUGCCGCAGGCACAGCAGCAGCAGCAGCAGCACCAGCAUCACGGGGCCGCCGGACUCCUCGGUGGGCCGCCGCCACCCCCUCCACCGCCGCCCCCUGGCGUCACCAAUGGGGCGUGGUGAAUCCGUUAGGGUGUACCAAGAUGGCCGCCGCCGCAGCCCCUUCGUGUCACCAGCGGCGUGUGGUGGGUCAGAUAGGGUGUACCAAGAUGGCUGCCACUGCAGCCCCUCCGUGUAACCAGCGGUGUGUGGUGGAUCGGAUAGGGUGCACCAAGGUGGCUGCUGCCGACCUUUCGUUCGUUUGUAACCUGCCUCGUUGUAGAUUUGAUUUUAAUUUUGUACGAGCUUGUUUUUUUGCUUUUGUCUUUUUUUUUUUUUAAGGAAAGGUGUUUUUUUUAAUAAAAAAUUGAAUUUUAUGUGUUAUUUUUUAUGUUUUUGAUUGGACAACAAGUUUUUUGCCCUCUUUGGAAAGAAGUGCCCCUGGAGUGGUUUUCUAAGUUGUUGUAUGGCAUUCUUCAUUCUUCGUAGGAAUGCCAUACUAAUUUUUUCCCUCUGGGGAAAGCCGUACCUGGAGUUAUUUCGUGAGUUCUUGUUCUAAUGUUUUUUUUUUGUUUUUUUUUUCCCUUUUGGGGAAUUGGAUGGCUUGGGCUUGAUAGGGGCUUCCCAUUCAUCGCAACAUACCAUUUUCCAAAUCUGAUUCUGCUGUUGUUGUUUUUUUUUUCCUUUAGAUAAGGGUUUGGUUGGAACAGUUUAGUAAUUUCUGUCUGUUUCAUUCAAAUUUUUUUAUUCUGUUGGUGUUUCGGGGGGAGGGGGGGGGGGGUGUUUUGCAACAUUCUAGAAUACUGCUACAUAAGGUAUUCCUUUCUUUACAUGCAUUUUUUUUUCAAAAUUGGUGAAAAUGAAGGGUUUGCAUUCAGAUGUUUUAAUAAUAGCUGGGUGAAAAGGGUUUCUGUAAUGGUAAAUAUUAUUUUUUUUUAUUGUCAUUAAAGCAGUAGCUUUUUGGGCAAUAAUGAAGACGUAAAAGCAGUUCUGUACUGCUGUUCCAAAUUAUCUUUCUCAAACAGUAUACCUGAUUGACCCUGACUAUUUUUCUUCUCCCUUAUUUACAUAUUUAUUUUUGUUACCAAGUUCCUUUGUAGACUUGCAAUAGCUUUCAUGUUCUCUUUUGGGAUUGGGCAAGUACUGAACAGUACAGUAGAAUUGUGUUGCUGAUUUCGAGGACUAGUACUAUGUCAUUCUUUCAUUCUAGUGUGUCACAGGUUGUGCAUGUACACACAUUUUGGAAGUUGACGUGCUUGGCUGACUCGGCGUUAUCUUGUGUUCGUUCUAGUUGGGCGUCGUGCUCGCAAAGUGGAUUUACCUAAAACUGACUAGUAAUAACAAACAAUUUUCUAUUUUUUUGUGUGCACAGAAUAGCUUUUUUUUUUUUUCCUAUCUUGGUUAGUACCUCGUAUUAAAAUAUUGUACCAAACCGACCUGAGACCUUUAUUUUGUGUAUUUUGGCAUAGUGACUUGUAUGUUAACUUCUCCACGAUGUACGUUUAACAGAGCAAAUUCACUUGUCUUGUUUUGCACAUGUAUGCCUGAAGCGAGCUUACAUUGGUUGGUACGCUUUGAAGAGACUGGCUCGGUACCGUGUCGUGAAUUGGUGCAGUCGGCACGAUCUGCGUUUUCAUCCGCUCUAAUACGUUGGCUCAAGUUUUAAGGUACAAAAACACUCUUCAUUACAGUUGUGUAUAUAGCGUCCCCGAUUGCUGCUUAUUGUAUCAUUAAACUCUUACCAUUAUUUUCUGUGUUCAUAAAAAUUCGUUGCUUGGACAACUAAGAAAUAUAAUCUUGGCAACUGUUAGCAUGGUUUGCAAUCAUGAUCUUCAGGAUUUCAAGCAUGCAUGGUUUUGUAUGUGACUGCACAAAAUAGAUUGAGGCCAGUUAAUGGAGUAAGUCACAUCAAGAUUUUUCUUUGGCCGUUCAAAACUGAGCGGCUUCGGAUACUCUAUCUGGUAUUACUUCAAAUACCGUGUGCCAACUCCAUGGUGGUGGUAGCAACAUUUUGAUGUCACAUCCUCACUUGUUUGUACCGAAGGAAAUGUUUUGUCUUUCGUUUGUCUGGCAACGUGAAGAUUCGGUGUUGGUAGUUGACGACGACGCCUCUCGUAAAAUGUCCCUCGUUUAGGCACCUAACAACACUCGUGUAUGCUUGGUUGGAGGUUGCAGCAAAAAAUGUGCUCCCGUUUUGACGUGUUCACUUCCAUCAUUUGGUGUUGUUCCAUACCAGUCUAGUAGACCACGCCCACCAGAAAUUCACAUUAGAACAUUGUAAGGCUUCUCUUGGGGAGCCCAGUGGCAGUAAUAAACGUCAUGAAAAUAUUGGAA